UGGCUGAGGCGGUUCCGCUGGCCGGCGUGUGCGCGGCGAGCGAGUCCCGGUGCGGCCCGCUCGGCUCCUCCGGCGCCCCGGACCCCGGCCCCGACCCCCGCUGCGGCCCGGCCGCCGCCUGAACAUGGACUCCGCAGGCCAAGAUAUCAACCUGAAUUCUCCUAACAAAGGUCUGCUGUCCGACUCCAUGACAGACGUCCCUGUCGACACAGCGUUGGCUGCCCAGACUCCUGCUGUUGAGGGUCUGACCGAGGCUGAGGAGGAGGAGCUUAGGGCUGAGCUUGCAAAGGUGGAAGAGGAAAUUGUCACUCUGCGCCAGGUCCUUGCGGCCAAGGAGAGGCACUGUGCCGAGCUGAAGAGGAAGCUGGGCCUCUCUGCCUUGGAGGGCCUGAAGCAGAACCUGUCUAAGAGCUGGCAUGACGUGCAGGUCUCUAACGCCUAUAUGAGAACUUCUGAGAAACUUGGAGAGUGGAAUGAGAAAGUGGCCCAGUCAGACCUCUACAAGAAGACUCAAGAAACUCUCUCUCAGGCGGGACAGAAGACGUCGGCUGCCCUGUCCACCGUGGGCUCUGCCAUUAGCAGAAAGCUCGGGGAUAUGAGGAAUUCUGCGACCUUCAAGUCGUUUGAAGAUCGAGUUGGGACCAUAAAGUCUAAGGUUGUAGGUGGCAGAGAGAAUGGCAGUGAGAACCUUCCCUCCCCAACCGGGAGUGGCGCCAAGCCCCUGCCGGAUCACACGCCUUUCUAAGCCCGUCGCAGCUUUGCCCGGCCACGGAACAAGUGUAAGCACAUCCUCAUCGCCUUGACUGCAACUCUGCAGCGCGACAGCCCACCAGGCCGCAGGCGGGCGCACGGAGCUGGCUUUGAGGAUAGUCGUGCCACUCACAUGUAGCCGUGGCCUCUGUGUUCGCAUGAGCUUUACAGAACACGGUCUUAUACGCAGAUGCUUUACACUGAAGUUGUCAACUAUCCUCCCUGGGGUGCGGGGAGUGGACAGAACAGUGGGCCCUUUGGCAGUCUUGUUAGCUCAUGAGAACGUGGAAGGAGCAGAGAGUGAUAAGCAUAAAAUAAGUGGUAUUUCCUCAAACUCUCCUUUCUUAAGUUAGAGAAGGAAUCUGCGGAAGGAAGAUCAUCUAGAAAGCCCUACCGGAUCUUCAGUUUUUAUUUCAAACGCUAAAUGAGAAAACUGUCCAUUUUCUGAAACCAUCCAGAAAAGAAACUGGUUAUCAGCAGCCGCCUAAUUGUUACACUAAUGAUCGAGCUUUAACAAAAGCAAAUUCUUUAUUUUUUAAAUGCAGUGAAUUUUUCAAAAAUUAAAGCUAAGCAGAGCAGCUUUAGUCUCAGUUAGAAAACAUUAUUUCUUUGGACUCAAGCUGAAAUACAAGCCUUACAUUACCUUAUGCUUUAUUUGUUUAUAAUGUUUUUAUAUAUAAAAAUAAGGGUUCUUUAGUGGAUUUUGAGCACCAUGUAGACUCCUGCAUCUAGCCCAGAGGGCAGCAUGCCUGGACCGUUGGUGUGUUUUAUUUCACUGAUGCACGUCAUCCCAGUGUAUGAAGCUUGCCUCUCUCUCCUCUCAAGGACCGGGGCAGCUCCUGCUGGUCAGAGGGCUCCUGGGCCUCUGGGGGUUGGGGCAGGGGGACAGGAGAAAGAAAACCCGCACCCUCCAUGGAUGGCUGAUGCAUGACUUGUCCUCGGCUCCAACCUGCCUGUUUGCUGCACGCUGGGGACAAGUGAGAAGCAGAUGGCCCUGCAUGGGGUCGGCUGGAACUCGGCUGUCACCUUUUCUCAGGAGCUGCCAAGAUCUCAUUCCCGUUGUGAAGCUGCCACACCCCAGCAGCCUUGCGGUCAGGGCCCCACGCGUGGGGUGUGUCUGCAGGGGCAGCCCUCCGUGCCUUACUGGCUCCCAGCAAGCAGAGACCGCUCCUGCACACGCACCUGUGCACUCCCGGGUCGGGGGCGGGGGGGCAUGCGCUCAGAGUCCACUCUGGUAGACCAUGGUGUGCUCUGGUAAGCUGAGCGUCGGCUGGUCCCUUCAGACAGCCUGGGUGGACUGCGGUCCCUGCUGACGCCAUGGGAAGAACAGCAUUUGGUGUUUUUUCUUCAGGGUUAGAAUCACGGAUGGGGUGUGGUGAGAAAGCAGGAUGCAAGUGUAGUAACUGAUUUACCUUUUCCUAAAAAUGGAUAAUGGGAAAUUUGUCAAUAAAACGUUCCUUUGGGGAAGAACCCA